AAACUAUUUAACAUCUGCUUUUUUUUUUUUCUCCCAUUCCUUCUAUUCUAACCAAAUUAUCAUGGAUCCAAUCCAAAGGCUAUUAAAGCAAACCCCCGCAAAUAAGCCCCGAACCUUACCUUCAUAUAUAAUCGUUUUUCCAGAAGUAGUUGUCUUAGCCAAAAGAAAAGGCCGCGAAGAAAGAUGAAAUCUUACAAUCAUUUCCAUCUUCAAAUUGCCUCGCAUAACUGGGUUGAUGACUGCCAGUCAUUCAUACCCAUAUAAACUUCAAGGGGAAAUUUUGUUCAUUACUGCCUAAGAAUAUGAGAAUGGCAGCUGCGGCCACUUCAAGGGCUUUUCUCUUCUCCCAUCACUACCAUAGCCUCCCAUUCUUCUUUCCUUCUUUCCUUACUGCAUCUAGGUUACCCACCCUUCACCGUAAUAACUUGAGGAACCCAAUCCUUCUCUCUACCGUCAAGUGUUUGCAGUCCUCAUCUGGGCGUCAAAAUGUGGUUGAAAUUCUUGAAGAGAGGGGGCUGCUUGAAUCUCUAACCAGUGAGCAUCUAAGGCAAGCCUGCUCAGACCCCAGUCUCCCUCCUCUCAAAGUCUAUUGUGGGUUUGACCCAACUGCUGAAUCCUUGCACUUAGGUAACCUUCUUGGAAUUAUUGUUCUCUCAUGGUUCCAAAGAUGUGGCCAUCAUCCCGUCGCUUUGAUCGGUGGUGCCACAGCCCGUAUCGGAGACCCUUCCGGAAAGAGCUUGGAGAGGCCUGAGCUUGACCUGGACACUCUGUCUCUAAACACUUCAGGAGUUUCUAAUAACAUUACAAGAAUUUUGGGUGGGAUUUCCAUCGUGAACAAUUAUGAGUGGUGGAAAGAGGUUCGGUUGUUAGAAUUUCUGAAAGAUGUGGGUCGAUAUGCAAGAGUGGGAAGCAUGAUCGCGAAGGAGAGUGUGAAAAAGAGGUUGGAAUCAGAACAAGGAAUGAGCUACACUGAGUUCACGUAUCAGUUGUUGCAGGGCUAUGAUUUUCUCUACCUUUUCCAGAACGAAGGCAUUAAUGUUCAGAUUGGGGGUAGCGAUCAAUGGGGAAAUAUAACAGCAGGGACUGAACUCAUACGCAAGAUUCUUCAUGUUGAUGCUGCUGCUUAUGGCUUGACAUUCCCUCUUCUGUUAAAGAGUGAUGGAACCAAAUUUGGCAAGUCCGAAGAUGGUGCCGUUUGGCUUUCUCCAUCCAUGUUGUCUCCUUACAAAUUCUAUCAGUAUUUGUUCUCUGUUCCAGAUGCUGAUGUGGUCAGGUUCCUCAAGAUUCUCACUUUCAUGGACAUGGAUGAGAUCAAACAGUUGGAGAAUGAGAUGAAGGGGCCUGGAUACUUGCCCAACACAGCUCAGCGCAGGCUUGCUCAGGAGGUCACCCGUUUUGUACAUGGUCAAGAUGGUCUUGAUGAGGCCCUCAAAGCAACUGAGGCAUUAAGGCCUGGUGCGGACACUAAAUUGGACUGGAAAACCAUUCAAGCUAUUUCUGAGGAUGUGCCAUCCUGUUCUUUCCCUUAUAAUCAGGUCCUGGAUCUCUCUCUUGUUGAUCUUUCAGUGUCGUCUGGUUUGCUUGACAGCAAAUCUGCUGCCCGGCGUCUGUUGAAGCAAGGGGGGCUUUACUUGAACAACUCAAGAGUUGAUAAUGAAAAUAAGAGAGUUGAACCUCAAGACAUUGUGGAUGGGAAACUUCUCCUUUUAUCCGCGGGCAAGAAAAACAAGGUUCUUGUACAGAUAUUAAACGACACCUGAGGUGCCUGGCUGAUGAUGCCGAUAUUAGGUGUGAUCUGUGCACUCUUCCAAGCGGACUGUAUUCCAGUAGGUAACUAGCUUUUUAUGAUGUGAAUCUGGUGGAAGUUAGAGUUUGAGAAUUUGGACCUUAAAAGCAUCCUCUUUAAAGAUGCCAUUUUUCAUAGUGAUUCUUGAAAGCUAGUGCUUCAGGUUUGAGGCUUAAAUGCAAAUGUUUCCCUCGGUUAUAUUGAUAAGUUUUCGUUUGGUCAUUGAUUUGAUUUGACGACAGAUCCCUAGCUAUUGUAACCCUCCUGUAUAUUGUUGGGCUUUACUGCUCUGCCGGCUUCCCUAGGCAUAGAGAUGGGGAUUUUUUUCCCCGGCUAAGCUAUGGCAGAGAUAAAUCAGUUAGCAGCGGAGAUCUUGUCUUUCCUAAAUCUAAAUUAGUCUGAUGAGGAUAUGGAUGUA